UGGGGCCAAUUUUUAUUCUUUUAUUUUCUCGGCUUCUUGGGGCCGAUUCGAAAAAUAUUAAAUGCGAAAUUGUUUAGAAUAAAAAUAUCUAUCGAUCUAGAUAGUUUGCAAACAUAUCCGACUUCUAGAAAUUUAUUAAAAAUCUAUUUAAAAAAUCGGGUCCCCACAAUUUUGUUUAUUGCUCCCCUCACAGAGGUUGUACCAAUAUGCACGGUUAAGUUUCUUUUCAGAAAGUAUCAUUGAGCUUUAGCCGUCAGUUUGUGAGAAAAUAGCUUAACAGUGAAGGCACCUCUGGUUUUCCCCAUACAAAAAAGGGGGGCAAAUAUUAAAUUGCACAGGGCUCAACUCUGAGACGUUGUACCAACAUGCACGGUAUAUUGGCAGAUUGGGGAUCUCCUAAAGCAAGUUCAGUGCAAAAAUCAUAACGAUAAAGCCGUCAGUUUUUGAGAAAAUCGCUUUACAGUGGGGGAAGAUACAUAAUUAAAAGAAGUGGCGCCAGAUUAAAAUUUGAACCAGUAAGUUCCAAGACAUGAACCACUAUGUAAAAAAUGUAUUCAGGACACUAACCAUAUGGGAAGAAAAUAAUGUUUCGACGCUAUCUCUAUUUUUAAUAAUUUUGACUUUCACAGACGUUGUACCAACAUGCACGGUACCUCGUUGGAAAGGAAAUUUAUUUUACUGAUUAACAAAUGCGGUUCUGCGAACGAAAAGCCGUCAGUUUUUGAGAAAAAAGCAUAAUGCGUGGUUUGCAUCUCAUUUGUAACAAAAUUGUUCACCCUGCUCUAAGCUCCCAAGACACUAACCAUAUGUGAAAAAAAUUAUGUUUCGACGCUAUCUCUAUUUUUAAUUAAUUUGACUUUCACAGACGUUGUACCAACAUGCACGGUACCUCGUUGGAAAGGAAAUUCAUUUUACUAAUUAACAAAUGCGGUUCGGCGAACGAAAAGCCGUCAGUUUUUGAGAAAAAAGCAUUGUGCUUUGUGGGCAUCUCAUUUGUUCCAAAAUUGUAACUUGGAACACAUUAACCUUAUAUCGAUACCCUAUAUCGAUACUUCGAUAAAGGCAAGCUGAAAGUGUGGCAUCACUCCCGAUUCGCGGGAACUUUUUAAUUCGCAAGAAAGAAGAGAAUGUCGAGGGUGCUGCUGGUCAAAUGCAACGUAGACAAGUUCAUCGUUGGAGAGAAUGGGGAGGGGGGGCUCCCCCCCCCAAACGCAAACAGCAAAAGGCCAAAAGGCCACAAAAGCGCCGCAAGACUGCGAAGGCGGCUGAUCAGGAGGGGGCGGCUAAUCAGAAGGCGGCUAGCCGGGGGCGGCUAGCGAGGAGGUGGCUAGCCAGGAGGCGGCUAUCCAGGAGGCGCCUAGCCAGGAGGCGGCCGCCGAUAAGGCUGAUGGCCAAACGCAACCAGCAAAAGGGCAAAAGGCCACAAAAGCGCAGCAAGACGGCGAAGACGGCUAGCCAGGAGGCGACCGUCGAUAAGGCUAAAUAAACAUAAAUAAAAACAUCAAAAGUAAAUGCGUCUAAUUUUUAUUUUUAUACCCGUUACACGUAGAGUAAAAGGGUAUACUAGAUUCGUCGAAAAGUAUGUAACAUAAAGUAUAUAAGUUAACACGAUCACCCAGCAACAAGAAGUUCCCAGGCUAAUCCCGCAUAACGAGACGGGAAUAAUGCAAGGCCAGCGACAACUGCGGACAUUGCACAACGACGGUGCUACGGUCAGCACAAUCAGCGGGCAAUGCACUGCGACGGAAGCAGCGGUUGCCCAACUCAAUGCACGAGUCGCCGGGUCAGCAGUUUCAGAGCAUAGGGCUAGCUUACAUUUUAAGAAUUUAUGUACUUAUGAGUUAGUUGAAUUUUGGAAAUAAAUCGUGACGGUCAUCGCCGCGCGAAACCAAACUCGUCUCGAACAAUUAAUUGGCACCCAACGCGUUCGUAAGACCCUCGAUCCGUCGUUUAGCUAAACAAUUUUAAAACGCGUUCGUAAGACCCUCGAACAGUUAAAAAAUAAAAUUUGUUAUAAAUAAAUAAAAACAGUACCAACGAACCCUGAACCAACAGCAGCAGCAGCAUUAAUAACAUAACAUAAAUAAAUACGCCAGGAAGAAGGAAGAAGGAAGCUACAACAAGAAGCACCAGCAGCAGCAUUAAUAACAUAACACAAUUAAAU